CGGAGCCGAACCGGAGCGUUUUCCACGGGGUUUCGCGCUCCCAACGAGACCGUAGAAAGUUUCUAGCGAUGCUCCCACAACUACAACGGAAACUUUUGUCGUGAAGGCCUUGUUAUUUGUUGCAACAGGACGGGACCCCGAAGCAGGAGAAAGUCGCCUUCCCCAUCGCGGCGGGUUUAGGCUGUGGGAUUAAAGUGCUCCAGUCCUACCGCUUUCGUCGAAACUGCCCGGGUGGAUUCAUGCUCUGUGUUUGUUAGCUAAAUGCGGUACGAAGCUAAAAUGAUGCCGAUGUUCCUGACAGUGUACCUCAGUAACAAUGACCAGCAUUUUACUGAGGUCCCCGUUACCCCGGAGACACUUUGCCGGGAUGUGGUGGAGUUGUGCAAGGAGCCUGGAGAGAUGGACUGCCACCUGGCUGAGAUGUGGCGAGGAUCUGAGCGGGCUGUAGGUGAGGGAGAGCGGAUGCUGGAUGUGCUCCAGCGAUGGGGACAACACAGGUCAGAAGUGCGCUUCUUUCUGCGUCACAACCGAGCACCCAGCAGGGAAUCGGGAGGGUCAAGAAGCUCAGAGCCAAAGAGAAAUGGAGUAAAGGGUCCUCCAGACAGAAGGAUGGAGAAUGGGGUGGCGAUGCCCCGAAUGGACAUGACACUGUCUGAGCUUCAAGAGAUGGCAGCCCGACAACAGCAGCAGAUAGAGGCUCAACAACAGCUCCUGGCUUCCAAGGAGCAGCGGCUGCGCUACUUGAAGCAACAGGAGCAGCGUCAGCAGCAGCAGGCCUCUGAGCAGGAGAAGCUGCAGCGACUCCGAGAGAACAUUGAAAACCAGGAGAGUCGGCUUAAGAAGGUCCGGGCCCUCAAGGGGCAGGUGGAGCAGAAACGUCUCAGCAAUGGAAAGCUGGUGGAAGAAAUUGAGCAAAUGAACAACCUGUUCCAGCAGAAGCAAAGAGAGCUAGUGAUGGCUGCAUCCAAGGUGGAGGAGCUCAGCCGGCAGCUGGAGUUGCUCAAAAAUGGCAAGAUGGAAAACUUCCAUGACAACCAGUGCUCUGUCACUGAAUUAGACCGCCUUUACAAGGAGCUACAGCUGAGAAACAAGCUCAAUCAGGAGCAAAACUCUAAGUUGCAGCAGCAAAGGGAGAGUCUGAACAAACGGAACUUGGAGGUAGCUGCCAUGGACAAACGGAUCAACGAGCUCCGAGACCGGCUGUGGAAGAAGAAGGCAGCGCUGCAGCAGAAGGAGAACUUACCACCACAGAAGCCAGUGCAUUCAGAUCUCACCAAUGCUGAUAAUGGCUAUCCGGGUAGAGAGAGGGCAUCAAAAGACACUCAACCUCAGCUGCCUUCUGAUGGCCAAGCUGGGCAGCAGUCAGGCCCAUCCCGCGUGGCAGCAGUCGGUCCGUACAUCCAGUCGUCCACCAUGCCCCGGGGACAAGUGAGGCACGACUUACUCGUCAAACCAGCCUACCCGGACGGCACAGCCACCCUGCCGGCUCACGACCCUCAGAGCAAGGCCGGCACAGCAGCAGCAGAGGAGUCUGGGACACCUUCAGGUCAUGAUGUCACCCUGAGCUCAGAAGAAGCCAUGUUCUUGCUUAAGCCUUUGAAAGAGCUACGGGCUAAGAGAAAAGGACUUCAGUCAUCAAAGCUUGCAGACUGGGGCUCCUCUGGUCCAGAGUCCAACACUAGCAGCCAUGGUCCAGCUUCAACACUGCCACGAAUGACCUCUCACUCCAACUCCAACACAGAACAAGAAGAUGGGGAACUGAAGAGGGACAGGAAAGUGCGCCCAUUUUCUAUGUUCGAGCCAACCGAGGUCCCGCCCGCCUCACUCCGCAAAAACCAGAGCAGUGAUGACCUGGUCAGAGAUGCACAGUCUGCUGCCAAGCCACCAGUUAAGGUGCCUCCUCCUGUCCCCACCAAACCUAAAGGCCCCUCUGUCGUUCCCUAUGGAAAAUCAGCUCUCAACACAGGCACCUUCCCUAAAGCCAAGCCCCAUAGCCAGCAGCCCCAGGCGGCCCAGGGCCGCAGCCCUCUCCCACCGUCACAGAGCCAGACUCUCCCUCUCCCAUCAAAGCAGGACACCCCACCUGCAGCAACGGUACGGCCCUUCACCCCAGAGCUGCCCUCCUCCAAAGAUGCCAGCUUGAGCAAACCACAGACCUUAGCUGCCAGCUCAAUUUACUCCAUGUACACGCAGCAGCCUGGCUCUGGGAAGGCCUUCCAGCCUGGAGUGCAGGGAGCUCUCAACAGGGUACAGAACCGUGGAAAUGGAUUCACCAGUGUGUACGGUAAACCAGUGAUCCCCAGUGGAAGCACCCAGCACCCAGAGAACCCUUACCUGGAGCGCCGCUCGCCUGCCUCAGAGAAUGAGGUGGACCACAGCGGGGUGAACCAUGGAGGACCCAGCCCAUCUGAGGGCUCCCAACCAGAGACGGAGCGUAUCCCCAGACCCCUUAGCCCCACCAAGCUGCUGCCUUUCAUUUCCAACCCGUACCGUCAUCAAAGCGAUGGCGACCUAGAAGCCCUGAGAAAGAAGCUCUAUAAUGCCCCAAGACCCCUCAAGAAACGCAGCUCUAUCACUGAGCCAGAGGGACCCGCAGGACCCAACAUCCAGAAACUGCUUUAUCAAAAAACCACACUGGCAGCUAUGGAAACCACUGUCGUCACUCCAACCACUCCCACUUAUGCUGGUGAAGCAGAGAAAGUUCCAGAGGGGCCUGCUGUUCCCAUCAUCCAUCUGAAUGGAGGAGAGAAUGGCCACUCAGAGGGGGGGCAGACUGUGGAAGGAGGACAGGUACCAUCUCAGAUCCCAAGUGCUAAUGUCCCCACCCCAUCCUCUUCCGAACAGACCAACACACCUUCUGCCAUGGCAGAGAGCGAAGACAUUAUCCCCCCACCUCCCCCUUCCCAUCCAGCCCCGAGGCCUGAUGACGUCCUUUUCCCUCCACCACCUCCCGCUGGACUGGAAGACACACUGCCCAGUCUUCCCCCUCCACCUCCAGAGGGCUUCCUGGAGGAGUUUCCACCCUACCCACCACCUCCGUACCCCAGUGGAGCAGAGCAGGACAGCUUGGGAGAGGACACAUUCAAUAUGAAGGCACCAGAGGUCACCGGCCAGGUCACACUACCACCGGGAAAGAGGACCAACUUGCGUAAACCAGGCUCUGAGCGCAUUGAUCACAGCAUGAGAGUGAAGUUCAACCCACUGGCUCUUCUACUGGACUCCUCACUGGAGGGAGAGUUUGACCUGGUCCAGAGAAUCAUCUAUGAGGUGGAAGAUCCCAGUCAGCCCAAUGACGAAGGCAUCACUGCUCUACAUAAUGCUGUUUGUGCUGGGCAUACAGAGAUUGUCAAGUUUCUGGUUCAGUUUGGUGUCAAUGUCAACGCUGCUGACAGUGACGGCUGGACGCCUCUACACUGUGCUGCCUCUUGCAACAAUGUACAAGUGUGCAAGUUCCUAGUGGAGUCUGGUGCAGCGGUAUUUGCUAUGACUUACAGCGACAUGCAAACGGCAGCCGACAAAUGUGAGGAGAUGGAGGAGGGCUACACCCAGUGCUCCCAGUUCCUCUACGGCGUGCAAGAGAAGAUGGGCAUCAUGAACAGGGGUGUGGUCUAUGGUCUGUGGGACUACACUGGUGAAAACCCUGAUGAACUUCCAUUCCGUGAAGGUGACUGCAUGACCAUCCUCCGCAGAGAAGAUGAAGAUGAGAUUGAAUGGUGGUGGGCGCGCAUGGGCGACACUGAGGGUUACAUUCCCCGCAACCUUCUCGGGCUCUACCCCAGAAUAAAGCCAAGACAGAGAAGCCUGGCUUAAAAAAAAACAACCUUCCCUGCACAUUCCUGUCUGCCAGAACUCUCCGAAAUGCACACAGAUAUACAAACUCACAGGCUUUAACAAACUGAGGAGGAGUGGGAUGCUUCUGAAAUGAAGGACAGACCAAACAAGAUGAAGGAUCUCAAACUAUGAACUGUUGCCCAUCCGGCACUUUUCUGUCUCGACAACAGAGAACUUUAUUUUUCCAAGCCACACUAAUGGCAUUAUAUGUCUUUAUUCCACUGUUUUUGUAAUCUGAUAUAAGUGUCUGUAACUAUUUCUUAAGUGACAGAAGCUCAAAUGUUGGGAUGUAUAUGGAACAAACAGUAUUUUUAUGCUAGCAAGUGUUGUUUUUUUUUUUUUUACACUUUUGAAUAGUCUUUUAAAACAUGUCUUCUGGGCCACUGCUUGUUUUCUAACACUUGAAGGUGCAUGACAUGACUGAGUGAAAGAUGAUGAUGAUGGUGAUGAUGUGUUAUAAAUAUUACCAAGACAAUCUGUGGGGGCUUUGUUCUCAUCAUUGUCGGUGUUGAGCGACUGUGCCUCUUUACAACUGCACUAGAGAGGUGUACAGUUUGAACUUGUGAUUACCACUGUUGUAGCUAAAUAAUCAGAACAUUAAAUAAUUGCUGUCUAUUGUUAGCUGAGCAGUGGUGAAGCUUUUGAUUCUGCGUUGCUGUCAUUCUAUGGUCUGUGAUAUCCAAAGGGCCAGUAUUGGCACGGGGUUGAGAUGCCAUAGAUUCUAUCUUUACUUGUAAGUUUCUUACAGCUGGUGAAAUAUGACAAUAGAUAUGAUAUGGUUCUGAAAAUGGACUUUGAGAUUUUGCAAAAGACCAUCCGCAAGAAGGACAUAUCAUGCAGUAUGGAUCUGAAUAUUUCGUUACCACCUGUCCUGUGAAUACGAUAAUGUACAAAGGCAAACCUAAUGUCAAUAACCUUGCCUUGACUUUACUUUUACUUUCUAGUAAGCAAUCUGACAUUAUGUUUAAAACAAAAAGUUUUUCUUCAACUCUAAUUACAUCUUCCAUGCAAAAAAGUAACUUACCAUUCAUCACAAGUUCCUGACAUUCAUUGCAUAUCUGUCAAUGCAGAUGUAUUUAUUUUUGUUACUUUUUUUCUUUAGCCUUUUUGUCAAAACUAUAACCACACAUGUAGUAUUUUAAAACAUUUACAAUAAAAUACUUUGUACUAAGUUA